CUCUCCUGAUUGUCUCACUGAUCUUUCUCUGCUUCUUUUCCUCUGCUCUCUCAUCUUCUGUGGUCACCUAUUUACCUGGAUUCCAAGGCCCCCUUCCCUACAUGACCAAGGGAAGCUUGGUCUACGAUCGGCGGCGGUGAAUCAUGUUUCGGCGUCUCCUGUUGCAGCAUCCCCGCCGUGGCGUCGCCACUGGCUUCCUCGCUCUCACCGCCUUCACUCUCGGUUCCUCCGACGGCCCCUCCCUCCCCACAAAUGUCGCCAUUUCGAUAUGCGAUCCGUUUCGGCAAUUUCUGUCUUCGACUUCGUCGAUUUUCUCGCAAGAUUUCACGCUUCCAUUCUCAGUCUUUUCUCCAGAGUUUUUUGCACGGCAUUUUCCAACCGCGUGCCCUCUUCCACCUCCGGAUUCAAGUAAGGACGUGGCAUGCUGCAGUGGAUGCCUCAAAAGGAACUCUAUUGUCAAAGCGGCCGCGGCAGCUGGUCCUGCCGUGGUGAAUAUAUGUCUUACUGAAGAUGUAUAUGGUCCUAUGCCUAUAAUGGGUAUAGGGUCUGGCACUAUCAUUGAUCCUGAUGGGACGAUCUUGACCUGUGCACAUUGCAUAGCAGACUUUUCUAGUAGGCAAGUGAUCUCAAAAGGCAAAGUGAGUAUGCAAACCUACAACUUAGUUAUUCAUCUUGAUGAAGAAAUGCGCUUAGAACUGGAUGAGGACUGAGAAUUUGAAUUUGCAAGUUAUAUCCAGUUGGACUUGGUUACAAAUACUAUCUGGGUGAAGUUACAAGCAAUUAGAUUUCAUCAUGUAGACUAAUAAAGAUUGUGACUCAUGUCUUAGUCCACCUUUGUAGGGCGGAAAUUGUAGAAGAUUGCAAGAUGCAUAUCGGUCUUUUUGAAGUUUCCUUGGUUAGCUUGCUGUCAUACAAGUUUGAAAGAUGUUCUCCUAACUCAGUCUGGUUCAUAUCUGACUAUGCUAAG